AAAACAAAACGUCAUUUACAAAACGAAAGAAUUUGGCUAGUGUUGUUUUCUGUGAAAUUCUAGUUUAAAAAGUGUUAAUAUAUGGUGUCCAAAGUACAUGUUUCUGUAAAGAAUGUUUGGUGUUUAUCUAUAACUAGAUAUGUACCUGUGUUUACGUCAUGCUUCAUUGAAUCAAGACAAGUAAUAUGUUUCAACAGAUAUAAAAGCUAGAAAAGACAAAAGAUUGAUUGGUAAUAAUAAUGAAAUGUGUUAUUAGAAUCAUAUACAUGUACUACGACAUACCUGGCAUAAAGUUUACAGAGAAAUAACUAACAGACAGAUUGCCACUGCCACAAUCACCCCAUGUCUCCUACCACCCUAUAUCAUAUCAAUAUGGUUAUUUCAUCAGUAGAAGCCAACAUGAAAUGAUUAUUUGCCAGAGAGAGAAAACAACAGUACCAGUGUUCCUUGAAUUGGUCAAAAACUGAAAUCAAAGAGUCCUGCACCAACGAAGAUGGAUGGUCGUUUGAACCCAGAGGCACCAAUUAAGAUGGACGGAUAUUUGAACCCCCAGGUUAUUAACUAUGAAGCGUCAGAGCUGCCACGGCAAAAUUCAACCAAUCACACUCCAGAUACUGCACGACAACAACAUAAUUACGCAAAUGACGAUGCCAGGAGAAAUGAGAGUGCCAUGCCUGCAAAUGGCGGUUAUCUACACGCUAAAGCAACAAAUUACGCUGUUGAUAACCAUAAACCUCAACCCCAACCACGUACUAGAACUAAAAUGAGAUUUGAUUCAGGUGUUGGUGAUUUAGAAAUGCAUCGUGUAUCUGGUUUAAGUCCUACCAGAUCGUCGAUGAGUUACGAAUAUGUUGAUAACGUGAAUCAUUAUGAAGAAGUUCCAACUCUAGACAACAGAUUACCAACUCCUGUGGUGCCACCUGCAGUACCAGAACCAUUAAGUCAAAGGUCACCAGAUUCUCAAACUACCAUCACUUCAGCUCAAACAGAAGUUACGUCAGACACCGACGAUCGAGCGACGGUAUUCAGGUCGCGAUCUACAAACUCUAAAAGAAAGAAGAUCUCAAAUCCAUUAUAUUCUCGUAUGAUCAGUGCCGCAUCAAAUAUUUUUGCUGAUCAAAAACACAACGAAUCAACGAAGAAGAUAGAUAGUCUAGAACAUCAAGUGUCUUGUCAGUGUUUAGUUAUAUUGAUACUAUUUAUAGUGACACUAGGAGCGACGGCUCUAUGUAUAUAUCUGAUGAUAGCUCACUCUGAUUCUUUUAUCAGUAACAAUGAACUGCUGGUCAGAAUACAGAAAUUAGAAGAAGCCAAUAUGAAAUUAUAUCAGAGUUCUGCUCUGAAGACGAAUAAUUCUGUUUUCGAAUCUAAUUUGAAUCAGAUCAAUGUUAAUCAACAGCAGUUAGAAUUCACGUAUAAAAAUCUCACGUCUCAAAUAACCAGUAUUAACAAUGAUUUACAGCAACAAAUAUACAACGUAUCAAAGAUGCCUGGACCACCAGGAGUUGGUAAUCUAUCAGCUUGUUUCUAUAGCAACUCAACAGCAACAAGUACUGGAUCAGAUGCAAUAGCCUCAGAAACGUCAUGGAAACCAGAACUCGCAAAAUUAACUGACUAUGUUGUCAUGUCAGCGUUCUGCACAGUGACUGGAGGAACAAGAUAUGAACUUGAAGUUUUAGUUCAUGCGCCCAACUCCGUGCAGUAUAAUUGCAGAUGUUACGGAGCAGUAUCCGGUAAGGCUUAUCGAUACUGUGUCGUACACUAUGUCUUAUGUCCCAGAUAUUCAUAGUUAACGCAGUUCUUCCUGUGAAUGGUCGGUUUUGAUCUGACAUCCUCUCGCAGUCUCAUUUGCAGAAGAGUUGUCAGUGAACGGAAAAUCGUCUGUAUAUUUUCUCAA